GUAUUGAACAAAGAGUUAAAACUAUGAAUUAUAAUAAUUUUUCCAAUUGUAAAAAAUAAUUGGUAAAUUGGAAUACUUUGCCAUGUGAAAUUUUGAUAACUGUGAAAACUACAUUUGUCAACGGAGUUGCCAAUGUAUAGAAUCUUCAUACUCUGUCCCAAAUUUAAUACAAAAGUGAACAGAAAACAAAUACAUUGUAGGAAGGUUCUCAAAAAAAUAUUAUUAUAAUUUGCGCAUGAAUGUUCACUGAAAUUUAUCCUUUGCAUUUUUGUCACAUGGGACAAAAUCGAUUUUUAUAGGUUUUUUUUGUUUUGUAAAAAUGUAAGUUAUCGUUGGAUAGCCGCGAAAAAACUCAGUCAUGUUUCCUGCGUAAUCGUCUUGCGAUAUAUAUCAUGAAUCUUCGAAUUUUCGACUGUGAUUAAUCGACUGUAAAUAUAAGUGAAUAUGUACCGUUAAAUAAUAAACUCGAUAUACACGAGAAAUAUUUAAACUCGCUUGAAACAGGAGAAAAUGAUUGAAUUAUUUUUAUUCAGAUGAAAAUUAGGUCGAAAUUUAAAAUUUCUCUAUUUUAUGGGAACUGAAAAAUAUAGCAGCUUCUCGAAGAAGUAGUAUGGUUAUACUAAGUUUACGGGGUCACGUUGACACAUCAUAAUACACUUCUGUGUUAACGAAGAACAUAAGAGAAAACUUUCUUUGUUGUUGUCGUUUCGCUGCAAUUACUUUGAGAUAUAAAAUUUUCAAUGUGUUGAAAAUGCACAUAACUUUUACGAAAUAGUGUAAUUAGGUUAGUCCAUCCAGGAAGAAAUUUUUGGGAAAAUUCAGAGAAUUGUGCUUUUACCAAUUGGGAGAAAAAACUCUUGCGUAAGGGCGGGAAAUUGUUACGAAUUGAGCUCCAAACUUGUCCGCUGGCGCUAUCUACGAGCGGUAUUUUUAAAAGUCAAAUUUCACCAAACUUUAUCUGCAAUUGAGUUUCAGUGUGAGGAAGAAAGACAAAAUAUGUAAGAUUCAGAGUUCAGAAUCGUACUGCUCCCCUCCCAAAGUAACUCAUAUCAAUCAAUAAUAAAAAUAAUUGAAAAAAAUGAAAGCAUAAAAAAGCGAAAGGAGUUGAAAAAAUAAUGGAGCGGCCAUUUUGAAAGAAGUGGCGAGCGUCAUAGUGGCGGGUGAUUGGAGCGUGGUAAAUUGUUUGAAAUCAAUAAAAGGUAAGGCAGUGGUUUAUGAAGUGGGAUUGGGUGCGAGGGAGUAUGACGUAGGAUUUGAGGAGGUCGUAGUGCGAAGUGUCGUCGUGUACGGUGGCGCUGUGAUCGAUGUGACAACAUAACGGGGUAGCAGAGCGUCCGGGGGUGUCGAGGUUGUUUUUUGUCGAUGGGGGUAGAGAGAGACGGCCGCGACGAAUAUGGCCGUCGAACACGUCAAAACAUAGUGUCAAAGUGAGGAGUUUCUGUGAUCCGUGAGGCUAGAGGGAAGAGGGUGUAGAAGCAAAAUUAACAUUAAAACAAGUAACCGGAACAGAGAAUACAAUUUCAAAAAUAAUAAAUAAGAAUAAAUAUUAGGAAAAGGAUUACGUGAAACUGUGUAAGAAACAAAAUGUCGUGGAACUCGAAGAGAAAACUUGCGAUCGUCGCCGGAAUAUCCGAGUGUUUAGUCUACGCUGAAGCGAAAUACUGUGCCUUCGAAAUACACGGGGAACCGAAAUACUACGUAUGUCCGAGAACCGAGUACUGCUGCAAUUUUGGUUGCUGUGUGUCGCCAGGAUUUCAGAUUUAUCAUCUUUGGUACUACUGGCUUCUCGUCAUAAUAAUGUUCCUCGUUUGCUCGGGUGGUGGCUGGUGGUAUCGUUAUUGGUUACAAGGCAGAUACAGAGCCGCUGCUUCUGCCAUACCGAACCGAGGCGCGUCAAAUUCAAGAGGUCAGAAUUCACUUCCGGGACGUACCUGUCCCGCGCAGCAAGCAAGCAUAACGUAUAAUUCAGCACGAAAUACAGUUUUGCUACAUCGCAUGUGGAAGGGGGGUCCUCAUCGUGGUCCCGGCUCGUCACCCGCUUACACAGGUCCACCUGUAGCUGCGGCCGCGAGUUCGGCGCACUUUCAAAACACGAGCGUCGUUCUGAACGAUGUUAACUGUCCUUAUUAUCAACUUUACGGUCCACCGCCGAGUUACGAGACCGUUAUAGCCCAAACACGGGGCAAAUUGUCGAGUCCACUGUCCCCGGAACGCUCGAGAAACAUUGACUUGUCAACAGCGACGAGUAGCUCAACAUUACCGAAUCAGGAUGUUGCUUCACGAUGUUACAAUCAUUCGCCCUAUAACAACAGUCAUCCGUCCCAAGUUGGUGGCAAUAUCGGCAACAUCGAUACUGCCAUACCGUGUUACGAACAAAAUACGAAUGUCACCGAUAACAUUCAUCGAUUGGACACUCUCGAAACUACUUCCGGUUUUCCACGAUUCGCCCCGUCUUACGUCGCCAAUACCGAUGGCACAACUCCUGUACAUACAGCUGGACGCCAAGAGCCGUGUUUACCGCUACACUAUCACGGAGGACCAAUUCCACCUCUCGAUUAUCAAGAAGAGCACAGCGCCAUAGUUCCCGACACGUACAGAAUAUACAACGGUGAGGAAGACUUGGAAAGAUUGCCAAGUUACCACCACGCUGAUAGAAACGGGCUGGAUCUCCCCCGUGCGAGGAGAUUGAACGGGGUGUCAGCAUCGGGAAGCGCGUUGACGCGCGAUCACCGGAGACGUUCGUCGCAGGUGUUGGUGGGUGAAUCCCACUCGUCGGUGCCCGAUUUGAACGCGGAGCUGGGCGACGCUCGCAGGCCGAAAACGCCUCAGCAGGAAGAGCAUCGCGAUCGCUAUUAUCGGAAUCACGGUGGAUCUUUAAAAUUUUCAAGGUCACGAGACGAGACGACGAGUGGAAUACAUGCGAGUUUUCGACGCGGUAGAAACCUGCUUGAGCUCGGUACAUCGAGUUGGGCGAAGGAUCAAAUCGGACAGAACAAAGCUGGCAUUACGCUCGACAGUGAAAGUAACAGUGGCGAUGUUGACUUUGAGGAAACCGGUUCGUUCUCAAGGUCAACGAGAAACGGACUCCUCGCGGCGAGUGAUAAACCUCGUAAAACGGUGAUAACGCGUUCUUACGACGUUGAUCAUCAAACAAAUCCAUCCGAUAAUGUGAUAUUAGAGCCACUUACUUCCGUUAAUAUAAAUGACCCCAACCGCCCGAACGUUGGUUCUGCCAUAAACGAGGAAGACGCCGCUGCCGCUUCUUCUACCGCCGUCGCUUCUUCUUCUUCAACUUCUUCCUCCGCUUGCUGGAGAACCCGUCGUCAGGAUGACGACGAAAAACGACGUAGACGAGUGCCCUCGCCCGGCGCGAGGCUUAGCAACGACGACGAUCUUAACAUCGUUCAAACUCCAAUCAACAAUCAUGAAAGUAAACAUAAUAAAUUAGACAGAUCCAAGUCUCUAGACUGAAAAUCUAUGUGAACUUCACUACCGCCUCAUUCGCUAUGUUAACGUGUACAUUCGCGACCUUUCAACAGGCGCGUACAUCUCGCAUACGGACACAAAUAUUAAGACUUUUUCAAAAGAUACAAACCAACGAUCGUGAUCGCGCUUGAGAUUAAAACAAACACAAACAUUCCGCUUCGUCUUUUAACCUUCAUUUUAUCCGAAGGUUUUUUCCAAAUUCUGUAUUGCGAACACGGUUAUAAAUGAUUGACCGAGUUACGAAACAAUCACCUCGGUUCAUUGAUCCUUUAUCAAGUAUUUUUUCCAAUGAAAUUCGCAAUAAGCAUCAUCGCACAUCAGUCUAUUCGUAACAAACUCUAUUUAUUUAUUUAUUUAUUUAUUUAUUUGUUAUUUACAUUCGAAUUUACAGCUAGAUCGUUAGAAUUUACGAGAGUGAUGAAGAAACUUAGACGUACAGAGUACGAUAAAAAAGAAAAUUAAAAAAAAAAAAAAAACGAAGAAAAAUAUAAAUGUGUUAUUUAUCAAGCUGCAGCAUCAUUGCGGGAUGCUGAAUAACGCUCAAAAAGCCUCUCGUUAUUGUAAACUCAAUGAAAAAGUGAAAGAAAAUAAUAAAACGAACGCGCACGUCACUGUCCACUUAAUAAUUAUGAAAAAGACAUAGCAACAUUUUUCGUCUCGAUCAAUCGAGACACACGCGGUUGAUUAAUGAAGAAAUAUUAAUUGACUGUCAGAAAAAGACAAAACAUUAAUGUAUCGAGGGUUCACCGAGAAGCUGCACACCGAUAUCGGAUCUUCCAUCCAACUCGUAAACACAAUUAUUAUUAUUAUUGUUAUUAUUAUUAUUAUUAUUCGUCAGUUCGCGAUUGACCUCGCGUUGAAAAAAGAUCUGAUCGGUAGAAAAGAUCGAUCGUGUGCUCCGGCGUCACUAUGAUAAAUCUGGCAUCGCACGAAAUUAAUUACACACCUAUUUUAUAAUAGAGAAAAAAAAAGAUAAAAAAGUAAAAGAAUUGGAAGAACAGAAACGAGGGUCGGAGACUCCCGGACGAUUUGAUCGACCGAUUAAUUCAAUCGAUCCAAUCAAAUAAAUGAUCUGAUGAAUGAAUCGAGAUUGUGCAUUAAUUUUUAGCCAAAUGACCAAAAGUGUCGAUACGAAAAUUCGAAUUUUUCUUUUCGUUUAUACUGCGUUUUUCUCAAGAAUUUGUCGGAAUAGACAAAUGGUAGGGAAAUGUUUUCGAUCUUGCGGCGAAAAGCCGAAUGAAUAUAACGCGAUAAUAUGGUACUAUAAGUGCGCGAUAUGCGUAAUUUCGUAAUUCGAAAGAAUUUUCCUCAUUGAGAUUUUGGAAAGGGCGCAAUAGCCUCCUAGGAUACAUUUUAUCCGGGAGAUUUUCUCGCGACGGGGAGGCAAUAAGGUUUUUAACGAAAUGUCAAAAUUAAAGGAAGCUGGAAGAAGCGACGAUGUCAAUAAUUCUCGUUUUUGUUUUGAAGCUUACGGUGUAAUACUUAGAAAUACUUUUAAGACUGUACAAAUAAUUCGUUUCGAUGAUACUCCAUGAUGAAUUAUUGCUACGAAAUAAUUUUUAAUCGCGAUUAAAUCUCCUCGUAUAUCGAUCGCGCGUAUUGAAUUAUUCGUAUUAGUAUCUGUGAUCGUUUCCCCGGGGAAUUUAUUGCCCGCUUCGAAUAUCUCUCCGUUAUCGUACUAAUUGAAUGUUUCCAUUGACACUGAUCGUCCUAGAUAUCUGUAAACAGAUAUGGGCAUAAUUCGAACGGUAAGAAAAACGAUCGUCCCUCGUCGAUAUUGACCGCGAAGAAACAAUCUCGAGUGAAAAAUACUCGUUUGAUAAUUACAGUGAAUUAUUAUUAUUUUACAAUCAACGGCGAGGGCGCUCGCUUUUUGACACCCGAGUUGGGCCAAUCUCGUCCAUCGUUCGUUUUUCAAAUCGAUUUCAAUGUGAGCGUGUAAAUGCGUGUGUGCUCGUCUGGAUCGCGCACAAUGAAAAACAAAGAUAUUUCAUCUUACAAGGAAUAUUUUACGAUGAAAACACACACGAAAACAGUAUUUUUUCGUUCGUGAGUCGAUGAAACGUUGAUUUGUGUUUCUUAUCUCGACAUCUUGAGAUUCCCAGCGAGCGAGCAUAUUUUUUAUAUUUCUAACAUUCGUUUGGGUUUUGAUCGUGAUGAGCGGGAGCUUAGGAGCUUGAAUGACGAACCGAAUUGCAAAAUUUUGUAGAUCUUAUGCGCCUCUUUAAAUAAAUAUGCCGGCGAACUCGACGCGGCUAGUAGGAAGGGAGAAAUCUCCAUAGUUCGGGCGAAGAAUACGAUAAAUUGUUUGAAUUAUAUUUCGAGAGAGAUGCUGAACGAGAGCAUAUGAGAGUUUCCGUUUUUCGUUAAUACUCGCGAAUAAGUCGACGACGAAAAAAGUGGUCCAAAAAAAAAAGUGAAUGUGCCAAUAGAAAACUCUUACUAUACUUAAAAAUGGCGAAAGGAUAAAGGAAAGGAAACACGAGAGAGGGUGGGGGCGGACGAAAGGAAUGAACGAGAUGAAAAAAGCGAUAAAUAAAUAAUACGAACUACGAUAAUGCAAUUAUUUUUUGUAAAACAAUCUUAGAAUCCGGUCGAGCUCUUCGAUGCACUUUCGACGGGAAUCCGAACGCUUCGAGCGUCCCAACAAACAUUUGAUUAAAAAAUUAUUCAAAAAUAUUAUUCACAGCGCUACGAUGAUUCGCAAAGAAAAAUUCAUCUCAUCGACAUCUCCUGCGCUGUUCCUCGAAAGGAAAGUCAGCUCUUCACUCUAACGUGCAAUCAUUCGUGUUUUAAAGCAUAAAAAGAACAUUAAAAACGAAAGAACAAUCUCAAAAGGACGAAAUAAUUGAGGAAGAAAAUAAAAUCCACUGUAAAAUAUUGUAUAUCUAAUGUAUAAAAAAUGUCUUGCUGAGAAAUAAAGCGACAUGAAAUAUUUAUUCACAA